AUGACAACUAUAAAAGUCACUCCUUUAGGUGCAGGACAAGGCGUUUUCCCCGAUUUCUCUUUCAUCAAUCAGGGCAACCUUACACAACACUUGUCCUGUGUCAUUAUCAGCCAUUUUCAUUUGGACCACUGUGGUGCUCUGCCCUACAUGACUGAGAUGGUUGGCUACAAUGGGCCCAUUUACAUGACCAUGCCUACAAAAGCGAUCUGUCCAAUCUUGUUGGAAGAUUAUCGAAGAAUCACAGUGGACAAAAAGGGAGAGACCAACUUUUUCACCUCGACGAUGGUGAAAGAUUGCAUGAAAAAGGUCACCACUGUCGGACUGCAUGAGACAGUACAGGUGGAUGAUGAAAUGGAGAUCAAAGCAUACUAUGCAGGACACGUCCUGGGUGCAGCCAUGUUCUUAAUACGGGUUGGUUCUCAGUCGGUGGUCUACACAGGAGACUUCAACACCACCCCUGACAGGCAUCUGGGGGCUGCCUGGAUCGACAAGUGCCGUCCAGACUUGCUGAUCACAGAAUCCACAUACGGUACCACCAUCCGAGAUUCCAAGCGCUGUCGCGAGAGAGAUUUUCUCACCAAAGUUCACGACUGUGUAGAGAGAGGUGGUAAGGUGUUGAUUCCGGUGUUUGCACUGGGCAGGGCCCAAGAGAUGUGCAUCCUGUUAGAGACGUACUGGGAGCGCAUGAACCUCAAAAUACCCAUCUACUUUGCUGUUGGCCUCACAGAGAAGGCUACUACAUUUUACAAAAUGUUCAUCACAUGGACAAACCAGAAAAUAAAACAGACCUUCGUUCACAGGAAUAUGUUUGACUUCAAGCACAUAAAGCCCUUUGAUCGUGCCUACAUAGACAACCCUGGUCCCAUGGUAGUGUUUGCCACUCCAGGCAUGCUUCACUCUGGGCUCUCCGUUCAAAUUUUCAGGAAGUGGGCCCCAAACGAAAACAACAUGCUCAUUAUGCCCGGAUAUUGUGUGGCGGGAACCGUCGGUCACAAGGUCAUCAGUGGAGCCAAGAAGAUUGAAUUUGAAAACAGGCAAAUUGUUGAAGUAAAAAUGUCUGUACAGUACAUGUCAUUUUCUGCACAUGCCGAUGCAAAGGGCAUCAUGCAGCUGAUUCAGCACUGCGAGCCUUCCAAGGUGAUGCUGGUUCACGGGGAAGCCUCUAAGAUGGAGUUCCUUAAGAAGAAGAUCACCCAGGAACUGGGAAAGGAAUGUCUGAUGCCGGCCAAUGGCGAGACAGUCUCCUUCGAGACCCCAAUCACCGUUCCCGUCGAUGUUUCUCUCGACCUCCUCAAGAAGCAGAUCUACUCUCGGGACGCCAAUGGCAUUGGGGGGUUGAAGCGGAAAAGCAUCCUGCAUGGCAUGCUGGUCAUGAACAACAAUAAAAUUCGGCUGAUGGAGCCUGAGGAGGCCAUGCAGGAGGUGGGAGUGGUACCUCACCAGGUUCGCUUCACCUCCACCCUGAGGAUCGAGGAUCCCACCGGAGCCCCUGCUUCCAGGCUCACUGAUGUGAUCUUCUCCAAAAUCAAAAGCCUCUUGGAAAAUCAUAAUGUCCAACUGGCCCCAGACUGUUCUAUCACAGUGGCAUCUGUUCUCAUCAAGGUGGAUGUGGGGGAGGAUGACACCAAAAGCAUCUGCGUCUCUUGGGGAUAUCAGGAUGAAGAGUUAGGCAAGUUUCUGUUGCCAGCCAUCAAGAAGUGGUCCAGUGAAACAAAAGGAUGAGACUCAUGGAGAGCCUUGUAAAUAGUUCUGUUUCAAAGACCGGAUGUUUUUCCACAAUCAUUUCACCAUCUCGCCCAACAUGCCCUUAUGCAAAAUCAUCAUUUUUGUAAAUAUUCAAAAAAGAAAGAUGCAGUAAAAAUAUUUUAAAUAAUAUGUUUAUCCUGUUUCUUUUCCAGUGCAUUUCAUUUAUGGCUUUUUCUGAGGCCCAUUCAAAGUAUCAUCAGAGCUCCAAUUUCAAGACCUGGUCCAUAGAGAAACAAUCGCAUUGUACGCAGCA